AUGGCUGACUACACCACCGUUGCUCAACAGUUCGUUGAGUUCUACUACCAGACCUUCGACAGUAACCGUCAAGGCCUCACUCCUCUCUACCGCGACAAUUCGAUGCUCACUUUCGAGACUUCCUCCGUCAUGGGCGCCACUGCGAUCACCGAGAAGUUGACUACUCUUCCCUUCCAGCAGGUUCGCCACCAGCUUGCUACCCUGGAUGCCCAGCCCUCCUCCGAGAACGGCAUUAUCGUUCUGGUGACUGGCGCUCUCAUUGUCGAUGAGGAGCAGAAGCCCAUGAACUACACUCAGCUGUUCAAGCUGCAGCCUGAUGGUGCGGGUAGCUACUUUGUGCUUAACGACGUCUUCCGUCUCAUCUACGCUGCUGCCUAA